AUGGAAGAACUUACAGCGUUCGUCUCCAAGUCUUUUGACCAGAAAGUGAAGGAGAAGAAAGAGGCCAUCACGUACCGGGAGGUGCUGGAGAGUGGGCCGCUGCGUGGGGCCAAGGAACCGGGCUGCAUCGAGCCGGGCCGCGACGACCGCAGCAGCCCGGCAGUCCGGGCGGCCGGCGGAGGCGGCGGCGCGGGAGGAGGCGGAGGCGGAGGCGGAGGAGGCGGAGGAGGUGCUGGAGGAGGAGGAGCAGGCGGAGGAGCUGGAGGAGGGCGCUCUCCCGUCCGGGAGCUGGACAUGGGAGCCGCGGAGCGGAGCAGGGAGCCGGGCAGCCCGCGGCUGACGGAUGUGUCCCCCGAACUGAAGGAUCGCAAAGACGAUGCGAAAGGGAUGGAGGACGAAGGCCAGACCAAAAUCAAGCAGAGGCGAAGUCGAACCAAUUUUACCCUGGAACAACUCAACGAGCUGGAGCGGCUUUUCGAUGAGACUCACUAUCCAGACGCUUUCAUGCGCGAGGAACUGAGCCAGCGACUGGGGCUUUCUGAAGCCCGAGUACAGGUCUGGUUUCAAAAUCGAAGAGCUAAGUGUAGAAAACAGGAGAAUCAGCUCCAUAAAGGUGUCCUUAUAGGGGCCGCUAGCCAGUUUGAAGCUUGUAGAGUUGCACCCUAUGUCAACGUAGGUGCUUUAAGGAUGCCAUUCCAGCAGGAUAGUCAUUGCAACGUGACGCCCUUGUCCUUUCAGGUUCAGGCGCAGCUGCAGCUGGACAGCGCCGUGGCGCACGCGCACCACCACCUGCAUCCGCACCUGGCCGCGCACGCGCCUUACAUGAUGUUCCCGGCACCGCCCUUCGGACUGCCGCUGGCCACGCUGGCCGCAGACUCGGCCUCCGCCGCCUCGGUGGUGGCUGCUGCCGCCGCCGCCAAGACUACCAGCAAGAACUCCAGCAUCGCAGAUCUCAGACUAAAAGCUAAAAAGCACGCGGCCGCCCUGGGUCUGUGACGCCGACGCCGGCGCCACGGUCGCUGGAGCCUUCCGAGCGGCGCGACCCCGCACGCCCUCCCGCG